CCCGGCAGCAGGUAUUUCUUAACGUCGUGCCCCUUGUUUACGAGCCUGCCAUUGGUUUAAAUAGGCUACGGAGGUUCUUCAACAGAAAUACCUGUGUGGUUAUAUAAGGUACAGAUUACGAUACGGAGGUCACAUUCCUUCCGAUUGUGAGUGACGGCGCGAGUGUUGUGAAAUUCAUUGGCAGCCCGCGCUUGAAAUCGACGCUUUUAAAACAUCUGCAAGAUUUUUUUUUCUCUGAAGUAAUUAAGAGAUGUUAACCUGUACGGUUACCGUGGCCGCUCUGCUGUUGGCAGCCGCAGUUUCUGCAGACAGCCAUGACUUCACCCACCAUGCAUCUCUCAAAGACGACGACUACUUCAUUCAUUGGAAGUUUGAUGACACUUCUAUCACGUUCAACGUGACGGCUCGCACUACGGGCUAUGUGGCCCUGGGGUUCUCUCCCUCGGGAGGAAUGAAAGGGGCAGACAUCAUCAUUGGAUGGGUGAAAGAUGGAAAAGUCACGAUAGAGGAUCGCCAUGCAACGGGCAAACAACAGCCGAUACUAGAUACGAAACAGGAUGUCGAGAUACUGGGCGGCAGUGAAGACGGCACUUUUACGACACUGCUGUUCAAGAGGAAACGUCAGACAUGCGACGACCAGGACUUCGAAAUUACAGAAAGCACCAUGCGUCUGAUCUGGGCGUACCGAGAUGGAGACCCCGACACUGCCAGUGGGCCGCAGUACCAUAGCAGCAAUAGAGGAGUGAAGAGCGUCUACCUCCUCGAGCCCUUCAGACAAGAACAGCAGCAACCGCUUCCGGCUGACGCCUACAGUAUCGACUUGCUAAACGACAAGGACACGGACACCACGUACUGGUGCACUGGGUUCCUGCUCCCAAAAUUCAACGGUACACACCAUAUGAUCAGGGUGGAUCCAAUUGUUCAAGCUGGGCACGAAGCCGUUGUUCAUCACAUUAUUAUCUAUGGCUGUCCUGCAGGCUUCAACCGCUCUGACCUUCAUAUGACAGGAGGGGUAUGCAGAAGUGAAAAUAUGCCCGAAGACUUCAAUAACUGCGAACAUCUUCUAUACGCCUGGGCUAUUGGGGGAGAGUCACAAUCAUUCCCUGAUCACGUGGGCCUCCCGUUUGGAGGUCAGGAUGACCCGAGGUUCGUUAUGGUAGAGACCCACUACGAUAACCCAGGACUUAGAAGCGAUUACGUCGAUUCGUCCGGAAUGCGCAUGUGGUUGAUUCCACGUCGCCGUCAGUACGACGCAGGUGUUCUGAUGAGCGGAAUGCAGACUAACCCUCUCUGGUUCCUUGUUCCACCACAUUACGACGACUAUUACACGUGGGGACAAUGCUCUGCUCAAACCAUGGCCAAGGCAUUGGCGCAGCAGCCUGACGGUAUCAACGUGUUUGCGGUGAACCUGCACACCCAUCUUGCCGGAACUGGAGUAUGGUUACGUCACAUCCGGAAUGGUGUUGAACUCCCAUACAUCGCCUACGACGACAACUAUGACUUCAAUUUUCAAGAACUGCGUUUUUUGAAAAAUGAAGUGAAAGUUCUCCCGAGCGACGACUUGGUAAGUUAUUGCCGGUACAAAACGUCCUCGAGAAGCACAGUAACAAAAGCCGGCCUUGGCACCAAAGACGAAAUGUGCUUAACAUUUGCCUUCUAUUAUCCGAGAGUACCCGGCUGGAGCUUCUGUCUUGGCUACCCUAAACAGGAAGACCUGGUGAAGAUAAGCACGGGUUUAAGUUACACAACACUAUAUGACGGCUUCGUCCUCAAUAUCACAGCGCCUGCCAAACACGCGGGCAUUGGUCGGCUAGAUAGCGUUUUCGGCGACGUGGACUGGACCAAUGCCACAGUAAGACAGAAAUAUCAGGAAAUCGCAAGGAACGCUAUCCACGCAGAAUACUAUGGGCGCGAUGAAUAUACCGUCGGGGCCUACGUCGACGUUAAGACGCCAUACACCUUGCCAAAUACGUGCCAAUCACCCCGAACUACAGUGGUCACGUACAGCGGCCAGGGACGCGCCAGGCUGGCAGUCACCUUUCAGGCUCUGGUGGUGUUGAUUUUCUCAGUGGCAGCAGGACUGGUGUAACGGAUUCUGAGCCAGAAACUACCCAAGAUUGUAACCGUGGCUAUUAACUUACCCAGCAGACACAAACCAUUGUAGGCCUAUCAGCAUUUAUGAUUCUUGUUUGAUUUUUUAUUUUUGCUAAGUGUAGACUAGAUUAUUCAAGGUUUCAGUUGUGUUUGAAUUUGAAAAUAUGUUUCAACGUUGGGAAUUGAUUGUUGAAUCUACAAUGAUGUUAAUGUUGAAUCAAUCGUUUAUCUAUUUUUUUUUGUUUGGUCAGUAGGCAUUAGUGAUGAUAGAAAAAAAAAUGAUGGGAUUUUUACGACAAAUCUCAUUUUCCUUGAGGACUCAUUCCUCUCCUACUCAUUAAUCACUAGUCGACCCCCACCAAUUGUAUUCGAUGUUUUGUACCAUUUCUUAUUAAAUAACUUACAAUUCACAAUAUGUCUUUUGGUGUUGUCAGAAGGAAAUAUCGGCAUCGGGUACUUACAUUUUCUUACGGCCAGUAUUGACAAAUUCAGUAGCUUUGCGAGAUAUUUUAAUGUAAAAAUAUAUGAAUUACAGGAUAUUUCUAACGCGUUUAAAAUACGUUUUAGAUCAGGUUCCCGAAACGAGCCUAACCUGUUUAUUUAUUUUUUCAUUUUUUGCCAAAGCUAUUUACAUUAUUUACAUCCUAUUUGCCACGAAGUACCCAUAUAAAUGCAGGGCUACUUAACAGUUUAAUAGUAAAGCUGUAAUUAAACUCUUUUUUAAAAUGUGGACCAUAUACAGGCAGUAUUAUAUAAAAGGAAUUUAUUUUAUAAAGGAUAUUGAUAUCACAAAGAGAAAGCCUCUUGUAUGCACAACCAAAACCUACGGCCACAGGGCAUUUUCAAUUUCAGCGCCAAUUUUAUGGAAUCGACUACCCUCACACAUUCAGACUAUUGAUAGUGUUGAGGUUUUUAAAAAAGAUUUAAAAACAUUCUUAU